UUAAAAGUUGGCAGCGCGUGGGGCUGUCUGUCUGGACGCGGAGCCGGGAGAACAGCGCGCCGGGGACGCGGAAGCUGAACCGGAGCACUGCUCGGAGUGCGCGGCAGGUGCAGCGCAGGGUCCCGGGAUGCUGCGAGCCGCGAGCCGUGGCCCCGAGCCGCCGGCGGGGCAUGUGGCCGCCGGGUCCCCGCUCCUGCUGCUGCUACUGCUGUCUUGUUGCGCGGACGACUGCGGAGGUGCUCCAGUAUUGCCUCAAGGAUUACAGCCUGAACAAGAAUUACAGUUGUGGAAUGAGAUAAAUGAUGCUUGUUUGUCUUUGUUAUCCAUGCAGCCACAGCCUCAGUCAUCCAAUGCAUUGGAGGAGAUUUGCCUCACAAUUAUGCGGACUCUACCAAAGCCCCAGGAAACAGAUGAAAAAGAUAACACCAAAAGGUUCUUAUUUCAUUAUUCGAAGACUCGAAAGUUGGGCAAUUCAAAUGUUGUGUCUUCUGUCCUGCAUCCGCUGCUGCAGCUCGUCCCACAACUGCAUGAGAGAAGAAUGAAGAGGUUCAGAUUGGACGAAGAAUUCCAAGGUCCUAUUGCAAGCCAAAGUAGAAGAUACUUUUUAUUCAGGCCACGCAAUGGAAGAAGAUCAGAAGGUUACAUUUAAAAUGAACAGAAUGCCAGCUAUAUUCUGCAGAAUCAACGCUAUGGGCUAUAAAAUGUACUGACUUUCAUUUCUUUUCUUCUGAAAAGCAAUCCUUGCUAAGUUUACCAAGUUCAAGAAUCCCUGUGUUGUAAACAUUCUUAGUAAAAGUUGACUGAGAUUGUAAAUGUUUAAUUUAUUGAAAAUUAAAG